AUGGCAUACCUCGUGCACAGGUAUCCGUUGCUACGUGUCAACCAAAACUCAUUUUCACAUGCCGCUGGGCAACACGGCUCGAUGGCCAUGCUAGAGUGUCUCGUCAAAUUGCCGCGGUAUCGCCGAGACGACGACGUGUCGAUUGACAGUGCGCUGAUUGUGGCAGCGCAAGACGGUAAACUCAAUAACGUUAAAUAUCUCUAUCAAUACAGAGAGCGAUGGAACACUGAAUACAUAUGCGACGUUGCCCGUCAAAAGGGGUACCAAGAGAUUGUGGAUUUCCUCACAGACAACCAAACCAACAAAUAUACAUUCACUCUACACAGUCUUUGGGUACAAACAAAAUUACUAUUCUUUUCACUCGUGGUCAUUGUUUUAUUUCAUCUUUUAUAUUAUCUUUUAUUAUUUGUUUCUUAUUCAAAUGAUGAAAUUAAUAAUAAUAAUAAUAUUAAUAAUAAUAAUAAUAAUAAUAAUCCUAGUAGCAGUAGUCGGAUAGAUGAAGCCCUAUGGGAAAUUCAAAAGAAUCCAUCAAUCUAA